AUGCCUACAGUUUCAACUACAGUAAUCAAAUAUAUCAAUUUAGCAGUUGGUACUAUUGCCAUUUUGUCUUCAUUGAUACAAUUCAUAUAUAUCUAUAAGAAUUUUACUGAAUUCUUAUUGGCUAUGAGUUCAUUUGCCUUGGCUUUCCCAAUCAUUUUAUUAGAAUUUAAAGUUCCACCGGAUUUACAUAGAUUUGCCUCCUUUUAUUUUAGUUUCUUAGGUAGAGGACUAUUAUAUAUCCUUUUGAGUUUUAUGUUGGCCUUUGGUGGAUUGAAAAAAAUUUUGGCAGAUAUUUUCAUCUUUUUAGUAGGUAUUGUCUUUAUUUGUUUCCAAUUUUUGCCAGAUAUCGAAGAACCAAGGAAUUUUAGACCAACAGGUGGGUCUGUUAUUGCAAUUGGAGAGGAUGAUGAUAUUGGUGAUGUUAUUUAA